CCCUCCCCUAGAUCAAACAACCAGACAACACCUAAGAUAUACGGAAAAUGCCCCUAGUAGCCAAACAAACAAAACAUACAAUGUUCUAAUCCAUCAUCAACUCUGAAUAUGGAAGAGACAGCAGAUGAAUAUGGCAGAGCAGAAGGAUGCUUCCAGGACCAUCUAGGCUCCCCGUUUGAUUUCAAAACAUGCUGCCGCCUCGUCUCCAGCAGCGCAGCCAAAAGAGAGGUAGAAUCGCUUAAAAAAGAAGCUAGUACCUCAAAUAUAGAAGUCCCAAAGGUCGAAUUAUCCAUUGGAGACCUAGAUGAUGCUGCUCAGGUCCAGUACGAAGUUUUGGCACGGCUCACAACGGAUGAACAGCGGAGACGCGUGUCAUACCCACGAUACUCACGCGCCAGAGAGCGGAAUUUAUAUCUCGAAGUACCAUUAAUAGAAAACACACCACUUUCUGAUGCAGACGAGCUCCUCAACGAAGUGAAUAUGAAGCGAAACGCAGUCUGGACGCGACAAUGGCUACCGCUGUAUUCAUUCAAGGCAAACAGGGACGAGUCAAUGGAGUUUCCACCGUAUAUAGACCGACUACCGAUAUUCAUUGACAUGGAAAUUAAUAAAAUGCCAAGUUUCUGUUCCGAAGAAUAUUUACAGCGGCCGCGGCGGAUGUCUAUGCUGGCAGACGACUAUCUCAACAAGCACAAGGUAUGUUAACCACACCUCAAAGGUCUUAUUCUAAUUCUUUAGAUGUUUGGAAAUUCACUCAGCUUGAUAUACCACCCAAUUUUAAUUCCAUCAAAAGAUGAUGCUUCUCAACUUGCCCCCGAACCGCCUCCUAUAAUCGACUUAACAUCUAUGGUCAGCACGCCAGCCUCAGAGAGCACGGACUCGACAGUGCAAAACAUGCAAGACGCGCUGCACCUUGAUGUAGAACCAGGCAGGGCUCCAGAAAAAGAUUCUUCAGACAAUGGGCAGCACAUAAACUCAGUAUAUACGAGGGAAUCAAGGGCAACAUCUCCUGAACCCCUACCAGACGACAUCAUGGCCCGUAUUGGCGCGAUUAUGCAGCGUAAAGAGCUGCACCAAACCCCGACAACCCAAUCUACAGCCAGUAUGAUUGACGAUUAUCUACAGAUGCGCGCGAUUGAGACGGUGAGACCCUCGCUUCCCCACAGGGUACCAGCUCAACCAUCUAUACCACAACCGGUGAAGCGCACGCCGGCAGCCUACCCGCCUUACCAAGUACCAGCUGAAAAAGGAACCGUCUUUGUAUCCAUCAAGCUGAAGCCAUCCAUAUUACAGCUUCUAGACCAGGUAUGGGAAUCGCAAUCUCUUAUCGAUGUGGAUUACUCGCGAGCAUGCCCAGCAUCGGAAGGUUAUGUGGAAGAAGCUGAUAUAACAAUAUCUCAUGAGACUGGGAUAAUAGUGACAAAUAUCCAUCAUGUUAGACAGAAGCCACAACCCAAUUCUGGAGAAAAAACGCCACUUCGACGACGUGUAGACGCUGUGAGCACCAUGUACGAACACCUCUUGGUUCUCGUAUCUGAGGAAAAUCCGAUGGGCGAGUAUGUCACCGAAGCAAGCCCGUCCGAUACGCGGGCGUAUCUCGAGUUUGUCAAAUACACGGAGAAGCUAAAUGGAGUGACAUGCUCUUUGGUCGCAGGCUCGGAUGGGACUCUCGCACACUGGAUUCUGUCGCUCAUGUGCAAACACUCUGACGAAUCGAUACGCCUAAACGGACAGCUAUCCGGGCUCGAUACGGCACUGGAAAUACAUUUCCGUCGAACAGGGAUGAAUAUUGCGACAGCCAAAUUUCUCGCACAACUAGUGCUCGACGAUGGUGGUCUCGAUGCACUACUCUCUAUGUCAGCAGCAGAACAAGCGCGCCAAUACGCAUCACUAGGACCAAAGAGCCUCUUCAAGAUGAGAAAAAUGGUCAAACGCUGA